CGGCUAACGGAGGGGGCGGGCCGCUGCCCGGCUCGGCGGCGGUCGCGGCGGCUCGACCCGCUCCGCUCCGGCCCGGUCAGGCUCGGCCAUGGCGAGGCGGGCGGCGGGAGGCGCCGGUCCCCGCGGGGACGAUUUCUCCUUCGUCAGCCCGGUGGUGAAGUACGUGCUCUUCUUCUUCAACAUGCUCUUCUGGAUGAUCUCGAUGGUGAUGGUGGCGGUGGGGGUCUACGCCCGGUUGCUGAAGCACGCAGAGGCGGCGAUGGCCUGCCUGGCGGUGGACCCCACCAUCCUGCUCGUCGUGGUCGGCGUCCUCACCUUCCUCAUCACCUUCUGCGGCUGCGUCGGUUCCUUGCGGGAGAACAUCUGCCUGCUGCAGGCGUUCUCCGUCUGCCUGACCGUCGUCUUCCUCCUGCAGCUGGCGGCUGGCGUGCUGGGCUUCGUCUUCUCCGAUAAGGCGCGCGGGAAGGUCAGCGAGAUCAUCAACGGUGCCAUCGUGCAUUACCGGGAUGACCUGGACCUGCAGAACCUCAUCGACUUCGGGCAGAAGGAGUUCAGCUGCUGCGGGGGCGUCUCCUACAAGGACUGGUCCCAGAACAUGUACUUCAACUGCACCGCCACCAACCCCAGCCGGGAACGGUGCUCCGUCCCUUUCUCCUGCUGCCUGCGGGACGCCGAUGAGGCCGUCAUCAACACCAUGUGCGGGCAGGGGAUGCAGGCCAUGAGUUACCUGGAGGCCAGCGCCUUCAUCUACACCAACGGCUGCAUCGACAAGCUGGUCAACUGGAUCCACAGCAACCUCUUCCUGCUGGGGGGCAUCGCCCUGGGGCUGGCCGUCCCCCAGCUGGUGGGCAUCUUGCUGGCUCAGAUCCUCAUCAACCAGAUCAGAGACCAGAUCAAACUGCAGCUCUACAACCAGCAGCACCGGGCAGACCCCUGGUACUGACCCUUGGCGCAUCGCGGCGGAACCGGCAUCCGUCCCCGUGGUGCAGCGGUGGCUUGGGGAGCCGGGACCUCAACGGUGAUUUUCCAAACCCUGGAUCCGUAAGAAGAGCUGAAGGGGCUUUGCUGGAGAAGAGGGAGGUUGGCCACUGUGCUGCAGAGAGGGACGCGCAGGGACGCUGGGGAGUCCGCGGCUUUGGCAGCUGGCGCGAAAGCGGGUGCCGGGUUUGCCGGGAUGUGCCAUGCUGCUGCGCCCUGUUUGGGGGACUGAACCAGCCCUGGUGAGCUGCUGUCUGUCUGUCUGUCCUGGGGGACCGAGAGCUGGCGCGCAGUUUGUGCGUGAAGCCGGUUUGCGCUCAGACGUGCUUCCCAUCUCUCGUGCUGGAGAUGGGUGUCUGUCUGUCUGUCCUCUCCUAAUCCGCACACCGAGCUGUCUUCACCCAAGGCAAGGCUGGCUCUGGACAUGGGGAGGUUCUCCCUGUCGAUGGGUGUUGGGGAGCCCAUCGGCUCCAUCUUGGUGCCCCGUGGGGACAGCCAAGGGCUUCACUUGCCAGCCGGGAGCAGGAGCCAGCACCUGUGUGUCCACCCUGGAAGAAGAAGGAACAGGAGGACCCAUGAGUGCUUUGUUAGCCGAGGGUGGGGGGUCCCAUCUCUGCCCCGGGGGGCUUGAACCUCUCUACGGGGUGCUGAGCCCCGUGCGGAGGCGGGGACAGGCACAGUCCUGUGUCCCCUUUUGAGGGGUCAGUGCCGGGCCAUGAUGUUUCCCUUUGCUUUUGUGGAGAAUAAAGAGAGAAAAGGCCGGA